AUGUUGUUGUCGUCGUCGUCAUCGUCGGUAGCAGCCGUUAGUGGACCGCCGCAUGAACGAUUCCUCAUCAUUGGAGUUGACGUCAACGAAAGUAACGACGACGUUACAGUCGGUCUUGUCCUUCCUGUAACCAAAGACACUGAUAUUUGUUUGGAUGGAGAAGGAGGGUUUUACAUAUCUUCUGAUGGGGUUGUUUAUUCAUUUCAUCCUGUGUCUGUUCAGGAGAUGUGGUCUGUUUGUUUGUCUGUUUUGAAGGGUGUGUGUUCGGUGAGGAACAAGCAUCAACAGCCACCACAACAGCAACAGAAUGACUGGGUGAGUUUUUAUAGGGGGGUCAGUCAGUCGUCAACGUUGCAGGUGGUUGAGUGGCUGAGGGUUGAGGAUGCACUGUCCUCGUCUCAAAAUAUUCAUCAGCAGAUAUCAGAAGGCUCCAGCGACCACACCGUCUUGAAGAACAUGAUACGAAGGAAGUUGCAGGAGAUUCUCGUCACUGCUGAUCUCGACAACGUCACCAGUAUACAGGAGAUGUUAAAGAUGGACCUGGCGAGUAGUUUGGAGAUGAGCACGAGUCAGUAUAGGCAGUACUUGGACGAGGAGAUGAUCAUGGUGAUGAGGCAGAUGGACAACCCGUCACAGAUACUCGACUUCCUCUACCUCGGAUCUGAAUGGAAUGCUUCCAAUCUCGAGGAGCUUCAAAAAAAUGGAGUUGGCUACAUACUGAAUGUCACGAAGGAGAUUGACAACUUCUUCCCUGGUAUGUUCAAGUACUGCAACGUCAGGGUCUACGAUUACGAAGAGACCGAACUCAUCAAGCACUGGAACAGCACCUACAAGUUUAUUGACGAGGCCAGACGAACGUCUUCAAAGAUCCUCGUUCAUUGCAAGAUGGGUGUCAGUAGGUCUGCUUCCACUGUGAUAGCCUACCUAAUGAAGGGUCACCAGUUCACGUUGGAACAUGCCUACCAGAUGGUCAAGCAGAGGAGGUCAUGUGUUCAGCCGAACCCUGGUUUCAUGAAACAACUCAUCAUCUAUCAGGGCAUUCUAGACGCAAGGUCAGUCGGUCUGCUGAUGUUGUUGUGUGUCGUUGUUUUUUGUUGUUAUUCUGUUGUACAUCUUCAGUUUUUUCAAGUUUUUAUUUAUAUUUAA